UACAAAACUAAAACUUCAAGGCCAAGUAUUGUAUGGGUGCAAUUUAAUGAUGACAACAUUGGUAGAGAUGCUAGAAAAAAAUACUGUCAUUUAUAUACAAAAACUAUUAUCCAAUCAUGGACGCCCAUCUUUGAUAUUAAGAGGUCAUUUACUUAUAACACCAAAUUGCAUGAGAGAAUUCAGUUUCCACUUCGCCCUGCUGCAGGAAAAACUAUUCACAAAUCUCAAGGUGAUACUCUUGAUGAAGUUGUAGUCAGUUUGGAAUCAAAAUGUAAAACUAAAAUUCCACAUAUACAUUAUGUUGCGCUUAGUCGUGUCAGAUCAUUGAGUGGUUUGCAUAUUGUUGACCUUAAUGAAGACAAAAUUUCUGUUUCAGAAAGUGUUAGGGAAGAAUUGCUUAGACUUAGAUCAGAUGCAACACUUCAUUUAUGUUUUACACCACUGUAUUCAUUGACCAGAGACAAUAUAAUGAUUGUAUUCAACAAUGCUAGAUCACUUCAUGCACAUUUCAAAGAUUUAAAAGCUGAUCCCAACAUUAUUAAUGCAGACAUUGUUGGUAUAGCUGAAACUAGGUUAAUUGCAACAUAUUCAAAUGAAGCUUACAGUUUACCAGGAUUUCAACCUACUAUAAGAAAUGAUCAAGAACAAACUGACAUAACAGUCAGACCCCACAUGGACUUGCUCUGUAUCUUAAGAAUGACUGUAUAUUACAGUCUAUAAAAACAUAUUCUAAUACCAAUGUUGAAUUUAUAUUAGCAGAUGUCUUGUCUUGUAGUAAAGGACAUAUGCAGGUUGUUGUGAUUUACAAAGCUCCAAGCUGUAAAAUUGAAGAUUUCAAAGGUACACUAAUCACAGAGCUUGUUCCCAAUCUUGAUAGACGUUCAAACACUGUAAUUAUGGGAGACUUCAAUUUUGACUUGCAAAAAGGAAACCAAAACUUUUUAGGUUUCAUGAACCAAACAUUUGGAUGCACACAGAUGAUAUCAAAACAAACAACAGACUAUGGGUCAAUACUGGAUCUAAUUUUUCUUAAAGUUUUUACUGAUUCAGAAGUUCAUACAGAAGCAUUAGAAGCUUACUGGUCAGACCACAAAGUUGUGUAUGUUGCUGUUGAUUUGUCUUGAAUACAAGAAGCAACCAAGUUCUGUAUUUAAACAUACCACACUGCAGUUUAUUGCAGUGUGUUACGAGUUAUUGGGUUGCCAAUCACCCAUUGAUUACAUAGUUGAUUUCAGAUUCAAAUCAUUCAAGUGUAUUGGACGGUUUUGAUUAUAUAUAAUUUUUUUUUUUGAAAGGGUUUGGGGGGGGGGCGAGAACAGGACUUAACAAUGAAAAAGUGAUGUCAUAUGCAGACUGUUAUUGUCUUACAUGAAGUAAUAUUAUUAAUGUCCUUAAUUAAGGCAAUACUUUAGACUAUUUAAAAUAAGAAUAAAACUGCAGCUUUGAUAAAAGCUCAGCAGAGCUAAUAACAUGAAAUAAAAAUCAUGCUUAUAAUGCAUUUGGUGAAACUAAUUUAUAUUACAUCACAAAUUCCUGUGUUUAAAAGAAUGCCUAUUCAUAAAUUUUUUAGCUGUUUUUUUUUCAAAUUGAAUAUGAUUUAAAUUUCCUAAUAUGAAAUAUUGCAUAAUAUUUAACAAAAUGAUUAUUUUAAAGCAUUCAUGAAUAGAUAUUUUAUAACUAUGUGAACAUAUUUAAUGAGUUUUAAAUCAUGUAAAAUAUGACUAUGCCUUUUUGUAAAAAAACAUUUUCCUUUAGUAUUACUGUUGUAGCUUUUAUUCGUAUAUACAGUGUCUCAAGUCUUUAUAGGCUACAUGUAGGUAUUGAUCUGUUUUGUAAUUUUACUGUACAUCAAUAAGUAACACUUAAAUACAGUGUAACACUAUUAUUUAUCUAAUGUUAUCUUUAAGCAUGUUUGACUUAAUGAAAGUGUCUUGUGAUGUAAUUGCUCAACAAAUACUUGUCCAUUUAACAAAGCAAUGAAUACUGUCAAUUCAGAAAUUUUUGCCAUGAUACAUGUAUUGAGAAAAAUGUGUCUACAAUGUAUUAGGUUCAUGAUUUAAACUUGCAUUUAUAACAAUCUAAUUAAAAUUAGUUCUUUGCAUUUGCUCCUCAUUGUUAAUAUGUUGCGCAUGGGUAAGACGUACAAACAACGAGGAUCAAGUGCAGAGAAUUUAUUUUAAUUAGAUUUUAUUUAUAAUUUCAGCAUUAGUUGUUCCUCAUAAAAUAUUUGCAAUCCUAUUUUAAAUGACUAGUAAUAUCUCUCACUGUUUUUACAAGUAAUUGAUGAUUCAUAAUAAAUGUAACAUUAAUUUCUGAGGUUAUCUUGAAAAAUUUGAGUAUAUUUUUAUUGGAUACAAAAAUAUUAGAUUGAAUAGUCAUGACAGUAGUAUGUUGCAAUGUAAUAGAGAUUCUUAUACAUGUAUAUAUAUACAUAUGUAGGUGAAAAAAGAGUUAAGUUUAUAUACUGUGUCAUUUAUGCAUUCACCAUUGCCAGUUUCCAUUUUUUAUUCUAUAUAUUCAAAUUGUAUUUUAUGUACUGGAGGGACUUGUAUAUAUAAGUCCUUGUAUACGGUCAUUAUAUGAUAUAGCUAUAUACAUUGAGGUGUUCCUGUCAUCGGGAGGAAUUUACCUAACAAAAUGUUAUCCGAAGAUAGAUUGUCGGCUCUCCGAACUUUCCCGAACACCUGAUUUGCUUGGAAUUUUAUUGUAUUGAUCAAUAUUUUUGGCGAAAACUUUACAUAUAUUUAUAUGUCAAUUUUUCUACGAAAAGUGAAUAAAAACAAAGUAUAACUUUCAAAUAUUGCAAAAGAUUCACGUACGAAAACAACUGACUUUGGAAUCGGCAUUCUUCGGACAAAUUUCCCGCCAUAAUCAACGAACAAAAUGGCUAGCAAAAGAACAGCGAGUGCUACUGAUAGCGACGAAUACCAAGGCUUCAUCCAUGGAUUGUCCCCCAUAAAAAUUUCAAGAACAAAUUCGAAGUACUUUGACUUUACUUUACAGACUAAUACGUCUAAUUACAAACGAGUGGUGUGCUUUGAUGCAAACAAACGAACCAUGAUAGACUCCGCAGCAAAGUGCAAAUCACCAGUGAAGAUCUCAAACUAUACAGAAUCGCCAUCCAGGACAACCACCGGUUCAGACAUUACAGUAAACAAAAAAACAGUAGUACAGACUGCAAGAAAUCUUCGAUUUCUUAUUCACCAACCAGAGGCAGAGUCUACAACGCCCAUCAGAAAAUUGACAGAAGUCCAGACCCUCCCUGCAAAAUCUAUUCUUUCAACAAAAGCCGAAGUAGUCAAAAUGGAACAUUCAAAAGUACAAAUGCUUUAUGGAAAACCUACAAAUAUGCAAGAUAUUAUCGUUGUGGACAGCACAUGCCAGAUAAGAAUAACACUAUGUGAUUCAAUAGUAUCAUCUGUUCAGGUAGAUGAUACCUAUACAUUUGAAAACUUAUCUGUGAGAAAUUUCAAGAACGAAACAUACUUAACAACCACAAAGUCAACCAAGAUUACCAGAACUGACAGUAUUGAUGAUCCUGUUGAAUUUGAAAAUACAGUUGCUGUACCAACAACUAUGUUGGUACUGUAGCAGAAGUCAAAAUAACACAAAGUUUCAUAUGUAAAUCCUGUACUAGAAAAUCACAAACUCUUUCAAAAGAAGAAAAGUACAAUAGAUGUCCUUAUUGUAAGAUGUUGCAGAAAACAGAAAACUUUGUUUCUUGCCUAACCGCU